AUGCCAUCAACAACAACCUCCACCGCCGCCUCCGCAACCUGCACAGGCAACCGCUGGGUCCUCCCUGUGCAGGACGUCGCCUGCGCCCUGCCCGCCACGGGCAACUACACCUCCGUCAUGGACAAAUGCUGCUCCCCCGCGGCAGUCACGAAAUACAACGCCGGGUGCGACCUGUACUGUCUCGCGCAGGGCCAGAGCAUGGGUGAUCUGCUGGGCUGCAUCAAGGAGAACGGCGGCAACGAGGAUGUUUUCUGUGGGGGGCUGGUGAAUGCCACCGCGACGGCGAGUUUGAGCUCGACUGCUUCGAGGACGGGGACGAAGACGGGGGCGACGGCGAGUUCGACGAGGGAGAGUGGGGGUGGUGCUGUGAAGAAGCCUGUGUGGGUGUUGGGGGUGGGAUUGGUGGUGUUGGUGGUUUGUGGGAUGGUUAUUUGA